AUGUUUCCAUUUAAUAACCAAGGUGAUAUAAAUAGUAAUUCAGAAAGUAAUAGUUCAAAUUUAGAAAGAAAUGACGUUUUUAAUAAUAGUUUAAAUAAUAAUAAUUUUGAAAAUGAAAAUAGUAAUUUAGUAAAUAAUAAUAAUAAAGUUAAAAAUAAUUAUCAAGUUAAAGCGGAAGCCACAAAUCCUACUGUAAAACCUACAGGUAUCAUUCCACCAUCCCAGAAAAAACCUACAGUAAAUAAUAACUCAAAUAAUGCCAAGUUAAAAGAACAAGAACUAAAAAUGAUGGAAUUGAUAAACAAUCAGAUGAAAAUAUUGAAGGAAUUAAAUUUUCAACCAAAUCGUACUCCAUUUCCAGAAGAAUCUAAAUUUGAUGGAGCUAAUAAAGCAGAGUUCGAUAAGAAUUGGGAUUUAUUUGAAUUCUUAUUUAGACAUCAUUUUGUUAGACCAACAAGUGCUAACUUACUCUCCAGUUUGCGUGGUAGUGCAAUAGAUAGAUUAAGAUCUAUUGACCCGUUUAAUUCAAAUUCCGUAGAAGAUAAUAUUCUCAGGUUAAGAAGAUAUUAUCAAGAUAGUCCAAGUGUCGUCUUGGAUAGAUUCUCUAAUUUUUCUAGAGAAAAUAAAUUUAAAUCAUUAGAUGCCUUGCUACUUGUAUUCUCAAUAGUAAAGAAAAGAAGUAAUUUACCAGAUGAAGCAGCAAUCACAUUUUUAAACCAAGCUUUAGGAUGUAAUUUUAAAGAUUAUUUGGCUUUAAAAUGUAGAAAGGACUCCACUUAUCAAGAAUAUCUCGAAGAAGUAAGAAACUUAGAAAUCGCUUUCACUGAAUCCAAAGGAGUUUCCUUAUAUUUAAUUAAAGAACCAUUAAAUGGUAUUUUUGGUACAAAUAGAACCCCUAAUGUCUCAAUGGCAAAUGCAAAUAAUCCAAGUUUUAAUGUUGCCGGUAUAAGUAAUGAUACACAAAACAUGUCCGUCGUUUGUUAUUCGUGCGGAAUGGAAGGACACUUUAGUAGAAAUUGUCAAAACAAAGAUAAGUUUUCCCAAAAUAGAAGUAAUAGAUAUAUUAAUAGUAAUCAUAGGAAUAGUAAUAAUUAUAAUCAAAAUGGAUAUAAUCAAAAUAAUUACAAUAAUUAUCAGUUAAAUAGAAAUAAGAGUAAUAAUCAAAGAUCAAGUUUUAAUAGUUAUAAUAAUAAUAAUAGUAAUAGAAAUAGAUAUGUUAAUCAACAAAAUUAUAGAGAUAGAAAUAAUAGUAAUUUAAAUAAUGACUAUAUAGGUAAUGAUGUAAACGUCGAGCCAACAAUCAACACAAUCGCUAGUGUUUCAGGAUAUAAAAAGAAUCACUUGCAAAAAGACUCAAUCUCUCAAUUAACUCAAGUAAAAAAAUCAUACAAUCUAGAUUCCGAUAUCUCCUCGUCAUGUAUUUUAGGUUUAAACGGUUUAAAUGCCAUUGGUGCUGAUCCAAUCCUUUCAAAAAGUAAAUUAGUCUGUAGUAAAGCUAAUUGUUAUGUCCCGUUAUAUUCGUACACUGAAAAUAGUACACCGUUAGAUAGUAAUUUCAACCCAGCUCAGCUCAAUUCAACCUCAGUUAAUGUUCUCAAUUAUCAGUCUUUAAAGCCCAAACCCGAUAAUAAUUGUUAUAGAAUCAACUCUGUAAGAUAUGUCAAUAAAUCAGAAAGCAUAUUCAGUCGAUCAUCAUCACACCCGGACCAUCACUCAUCAACACGUCAAACAUCAAUCAAGUCAAAUAAUAUAAAUGCUCGUAAUAGUAAUAAUUUUAAUAGUAAUAGUUUCAAUAGUAAUAAUAACAACUUUAAUAAUGUCAAUUCCCGUAAUAUUAAUAAGUUCAAUAGAAAUAAUAAUAACUUUAAUAAUAAAAUCAGUAAGAAAUUUAAGCAACCACCUGCAUUCAUCAAAUCUUUAGAACAAACAGUUAUAAGUGCAGAUAAUCAUUCAACUCAAAAUCCAAACAGUACACCGUCAAUUCACAACCAAGUUUAUCAGUCCGCUCAAGAUGGAUCAAUUAUUCUCACUGCUGUGCAACAAGCUCAAUUAAAUAAUUUGUUAAAGAAAUAUGUUCGGAAUGUCAAAAGAAUUUUAUUCUCUCAAGGCCGUUUCAAUUCGGUGCCGUCGAAUUUCCAAAACCGUGGGGAAAAUGUAGUAUAA